AUGUCGCCGAGACGGCCGCGGCGCUUGACAUCCGCAAGUUCACGCUCCAUCUGCGCCACAAAGGGCUCCACGGGCUCCAACAAGUCGCACCGGUCGCUGACUUUCCACAACAAGUCGCGUGUGAUCCGCCCGAUCCCGGCACCCAUAUCUAUGGUGAGACGGGCUCCGUCGGGACACGCCAUCCGAGACUCGAGCUUGCGCAAGAACGUGGCCGAGCCGAUGAUGUCGGCCUUGGGCACAGGUGUUUGUUCGCCAAAGCCACCGAGCACUCCGUUGACGGACGCAGGCACCGACAGCCAGUAG